AGGUGGCGAUAACAAAUUUUGGUGUGCUCCACAUUUACUCUACGUCGACUCACCUUACACGCCGAUGCAACGGGUUAUCAUGACUUUGUAAUCCUGAGGACAUCUUUCGUGGAUCUCAGAGGUCACUGUUUUUUCAAGGGCAUCAGGGUAUAUUUCAUCAGGAUCCAUCUCACACGACGUCAGGUUUCAUCUGGUAGAGUGCAUUUCGCUUUAGGAGGUAACUGAAUGACAUACAAGAAAGAAAUCAACAUACAGCUCAUAAACUUACCGUUACAUUUUUUUGUCAAGGAGGGAACAUAAUAAUUGUUAGUUUUCGAUGCCAUUACAUCACAUCAUGGAUCGUUUCUUACGACGGCUAGCCCGCCAUGCUGCACGCGGCGGUUCAGCCGCUGCAGCAGCGUCUCGCAGCUCGCCAGACAUGCAACCGCUACCAACACCUUCCGUCCAAUAUCUCGCCGCUGCUGCAGCUAAUCAGCCUCCAGUAAGCGACGCUCCUGCCGACGUCGCCGGGGCGGCGGGGAGCAACAUCGACUGGGACAUGUCGACGUUCAACUCCAGCCUCACGGAGAACUUCACCUUGUUCACCGACGGUGCGUCACAUGACCUAACGCCGACGCCAGACGGUCACGUGACUUCGGAUCAAGCUUGGCCGGUGUCGUCGUUCGCCGUCAUCAAGGCCCUAGUCCUCAUCGUCAUCCUCGCUAUUCUCCUGGUCGUAAGCUGCAAAGUGACUAUGCAAUAUAUCAUCAAAUCAUCCAAACGAGAAAAGCGGUAACUGGUGCUGUGACGCCAUUUUGUAUGUGGCUAAUUACCAUGAACAAUGACUGCUUUAUAGUCCGGCGAAGAAGUCCAUUGGUCCAUUGAAAAGUGUAUUGCUGCAGAUAACUAGAUGUUUUAUUGAAAUCAGAUAUCCGACAUAUACCGGUACAAGAAUGUAUAAGAGGUUUGUUGCAGUAAUAGCCAAAUGGUAUCUAAAAUAUAAAAUCAAUUAUUAUAAUCAUGAUAUCUUUUCUUUUUUUGCAUCCCAUUUAUUUUUAGUGAGGUUUUUUUUUAAGUUUGUUUUAGUGAGGAUGCUGUUUCCUUUCGAAAUAGAAAUGAAGUAAGCUACUUUUCCGUGCUUAAAAAUCCAAACCAUUAUUAUCGAAGGAAUUGAAAUCAAUAUCAGUUUCAUGUCAAAACAGUCAAUCAAUUGCAUGGGGGAAAGAAUGAAAAAUCACUACUGUACAAUAAUUAAAAUAGAAUUUCACUGGAAAUUAGAUUGACUUUUUAAGAGAUAUGUGACAUGUAAUAAUUAUCUUAAAGGAUUUUUUUAAUAAUUUUCUUCUAACUAUUGAGAUGUUAGCUUUGUUCAAACAUCAUGCUGAUAAAUGCAAUCCAAGUAUGUCUUAGAAAAAUAGAAUGUCUCUGAUUACAAUUUUAUUGUCACAUCAACGAAUUCCUAUUGAUCGUAUAGUAAAAAGAAAACUUCUCCUAUUGCAAGUGAAUAUGAUGUGUGAGGUCGGUCUGAUAUCAAGAUGAACACAAUGAAAACCAAUCAACUUCUUCGCCUGUGUAUACAUUAUGUAAAUAUGGUUUGAUAUAUUUGAAUUCCAUUGAAACCUAUGCAUAAAACGAAUCUUUUUGGUAAAAAUGGAUCAUUUUACAGUGUACAUAUAAUUAUAUGCGUAAUCAACAUGAUUAUUCAAUGAAACGAAAAUUGUAGUAAAGCAAAAACCGUAUACACCCGCUCCCGAAAAGAAAAAGAAAAAAAUA